AUGGACUUUGUGGGCGAAAUAGUCGAACACGAGACGGAGGCACCCUUAGCUCCAACCGCUCUUAAUGCAACCAGUGGAUUCCCCGACCCGUCAAAGCGGAAAGUGUCGAGAUGGAAGCAAAAUAAACAACAAAGUUCACCCAAGCCACCACUGACAGCCGCCAUUGCGCCGCGCUUUGAGCCCACCGGCAACGAUUCCAGUUCAGAGAUGGAACGGAUCAAUAAGGAGAAUACGGAUAAGCUUGCGCGUAUGUCCAAUGAUGAGAUUGUCCGCGAGCAACAAGACAUUAUGAACCAAUUCGACCCCAAGCUUCUAGAGGGCCUCUUGCGGCGAUCCAAGGCGAGAGAAGGGGCCGCGAACGAGAUGGCGAGUCCAUUUGCUCAUCGCGAACACGGGCACGAACAUGAACAUGCCGAGGGAUAUAACGGGUGGAUUGGAGAAAUAAAGACUGAUCAGGGUUUGAGGAGUAUCUCGCACUUGGACAAAGAUGAAGCUGCGCAAGUUCUUGGAGAUGUUGCCCAUGACUCUGAGAAGAAGAAGGUGACAUUUGACGACUCGAAAACUGAGAUUGUUGAGGCUGAACCACAAAAGCAAGAUGAGAUUGCUCCCGAUGGAUACCAAAUUGGAGAGGAUGAGCUCGAAGAAGGAGAACAACAGAACAACACUGUGCAUUUCACAAAGCCCACCUCCGAGGAAAUCGACUUGGAUGACCCUCAGUUUUUCGAUAAGUUGCAUGAAAAGUAUUAUCCUGACUUGCCCAAGGAAACGGAAAAGCUUUCGUGGAUGACGACGCCAGUGGCUGCACAAGUCUCGACAACCUAUGAAAGCAUCUCGGAUAUGAGAUUUGAUUUCAAAGGAAACUUGGUCCAAAUCACCGUAGAUGAUGAGGAAGAAACAGAAACAGAGGGAGAAGAAAGAAAAAACAAGGGCAUUCCAACUUAUCUUGGAUUGCACCAUCAUUCAGAGAACCCGCAAUUGGCAGGCUAUACCUUGAGUGAACUUGCUCAUCUUUCCAGAUCAGUCGUUGCCAGUCAACGGAGUUUGAGCAUACAGACCUUGGGUAGGAUAUUGCAUAAGCUCGGCUUGCAUCAGUACAAUAUCUUGCCCAUCCCCGAGUCCGAACAAGAUGCGAAUUUAAAAGAGAUGGUUACGCAUUUUGAACAGAUGAUGUGGGAUUUGAUUGAUCAGUUGAGAAUCGUCGACUCUUUGACAGAGGCUGCCGAUGAGAAAAAGACAAAGAAUCUUUCGGUGCGCAGUUAUGCUAUUGAGGCGUUGUGGUUGUUGAAGACCGGUGGCGGUCCGCCCAAAGCCUCUACCUGA